ACCACUCGCGUUCCGUCUCCUCCGUUACCCGAAUCCGCAUUUGGAUUACAGGAAAUGUUCUCCAAGGGACCGCGAUUUCAGCCACAAGCCCCCUCUGAUGUGCCGGGGCCAAACUCGUACAAUCUGAACCAAGAAUCUCAGCUCACCAACUACAAGCGUGGAGCAUUUCUGGAGAAGGCGGAGCGUUUCCGGGAUCAACUAGAAGGAGAAGAAGGGGAAGCCAGCUUGCCGCCAGCGCCACAACCAACCGGUGACCGAUACGCAACUUUACAACGGAGGGUUGACGACUUAGAGCGGAUACACAACGAGGGAAAGAAGGCGCAUCGAGCCGAAGUUGAGCGACUAAAGCAAGAGCUUGCACGCUCCCAAAAGCAGGCAACACUUCUUGAAACCCGUGUUCAGGACCUCAAAAAGAGCGCAACAACCGACCAGGCCCAGUUAAGAGAACUCCGUGUCAAACUUAAGACAACGGAGACCUCAGUAGAUCUCAAGAAAGCACUUAAGGAGGAAACGAGAGGGAAGGACCGGACCAUUUCAGAGCUGGAGCAAUCGGUGGCUUUGGAGAAGAAGAGGCGCGAAGCGGCGGAGACAGAGUUGAGUCUAAUGCGAUCUUCAAUGGAAUCAGACCGCGACUCUUUCCAAAGCCAACUUUGGACACUCCAACUCACGGAAUCCACGUUAUUGACCCAACUGGAGCAAUACCAAGACCUUCUUGCCCGGGUAGCCACAGAAUACGCGCAUCUCGACUCUACCAGCUUGCCCAAAACUUUGCACGACAGGCUUCGGCACGAGAACGGGUUAUUGCAACUGCGAAACUGGCGGCUGGGACGCAGGCUGGCCAAUUCGCAAGACCAGAUUACAGAGCUCGCAGAGCUCAUUCGACAGAAGCAAGACGAAAAUGCAUUCCUUUCUCGGCAAGUUUCAGAUCUCGAGGACGAGUGCCUCUUCCAUCGUCAACUUGAGCCGUCACUCACGCUACCAGAACCUUUGUUGGAUCCUCUGCGAGACUCGAUAACAUCUAUUGUGGAAGAGCAGUUCCACACUGCCCUUUCCAAUAAUCGACUAUAUCAAGCCUCAACAUCAUUGUUGGCGGACGCAUAUCGUCUGCUGAGCGAAGAGGCUGUUCUUGGGUAUAAACUUGCCGAUGCUGAACUCAAGAGGGGAGAGAGUUUAUCAAAGACUCUACGAGACGAGGCCAAGCAGGCUCGAGAGGCGCUGCAAAUGGAGCAGGAAGCCGCGGCUCAGCAACUUGUGAAGAAUGCUGAGAUUGAGAAUAAAGCGCGUGCUAUCGUGGAACGCGCUGAAACGAUGUCCCUGGGCGACAGACGAACGAUCCAGCAGCUCACAGAGACGGUCAGGAAAGGGAGGAUGACCGAAGAGGGACUGCGGAGCGAAAUUCAAUCAUUAACCUCUGCCGUCGCUGAAUCAGAGCAGUUCCAGGCGGCCUAUUACAGUCUCUCUGACGAGGUCAAGUCCUUGAUCGCUCGAAAGGAACUCGCAGAAGGGGAAGCCGAAAAGCUAAGUAAAUUCAACGCCGAAAUCCUUAGCCAUAAUAACCCUGCACAGAAGAUAUUUUACCUGGACCGAGUCCGCAGAGAGCUGGCGGAAACAAAACAUAAACUCGCACUUGCUGAUAUUGACCUCCAAUCCGCCAAAUCGGAAAAUGCCGAACUCGUCAGCGAACUGGAAACCUACACAGCCAUACCCAUGGAAGGCAAGCCUCGAACCGUUGUAACACGUGUGACUCGACCACCACUCUCCAUGCUCAAUCGAAGCAGCAGACAGCCAGAAAUGGAGAAUUUCUUGUAUACAAAAUGA